GUAAAAAGUUCUAUUAUUUUGACUCUUUUUAAAAAUGUUAUCUAAAUGUCUUUAUUUCCUACGUUGCUUUUAUGCUUUAUGUAAAGUGCUUGAGUUGCCUUGUCGCUGAAAUGUGCCGUACAAUUAAACCUUUAAACAUGAAGGACAGAUUAUAUUAAUGAGUAAACAUCAGAGCUGCAACACAUGAGACACAAUUCAAAGGAAGUUAAAAGGAGGAAAAACGUUUAAGAGAAGUUUAGAGGAACGUUAUCGUAUAUUACAUUUAGUCAUUGUAGUUGUACUUAUAGUUUGUUUUUGUUCCUUUGUAAAACACAUCUCUACACAUCUCAACUGUUCAUUAAGCACUUCGACCUGUGCUGAGCGGAGCUCCUCAGUAGUUUGAUCGCUUUAAGGUGAGUAUUGGAAAUAUUAAGAGUUCAAUCAGAGUUUGAAUUCAGGUCUGAGCUGACAAACAAUUAAAGAAUGUAAUAAAUAAACUUAACAUAAAAUCUAAGCAGCAAACAACUUCAAAUAAAUUAAAAUAAAUCAUCAAAUAACUUUGAGGCUCUGUCUUUCCAGUCACAUUACUUAUAAAAAUCUGCACUGUGUUAUCAAAUUUAGCUAUAAUGAAAUAUUAUUAAACAAAACUCAAUAUCUUUGUUUUUUUUCCCAUAAAACAACCAAACUUAAUGUUGUGGAACAAAAACAGGCGUCACAUGCUUCGUCACAAAAACAGUGAGCUGUAGGAAAGAUGACAAAGACAAUAAAUUAAAUCUUUACAUGGAUAAAUAUCAUUUGAAAUGAACCCCUUUCAUUUUAGGAAACAAGAGAAAUGACACAAUAAAAAUCUUUGCUUUCAAAGGAAAAAUGAUCUUUUGUCAUUAAUGAGCUCAAAGUUUGUUUCCUCUAUUUACUGCUUUGAUUAGCAGAGAUGAUCCAAAUGAAGUAAAAAGGGGGCCGUGCAGCUCUAAACACAUUAAAAGCAGCAGCUGUUUGAUGAGUUCAGGAUCCCAUCAGAGUGAUUGCAUGCAGCUGUGCGGCUCCCUGCCUGGAACCAGGUCCUGGAAGGUCCUGGAUCAGCUCAGAUGGUUCUUCACUCAUGGACGAGUCUGCGUUGGAGCGUUUUGAUGACUCCAUUGCAAAUGACUCCGGCUUCAGUUUGGGGGAGGAGUUGGGCCUCCAGAGCCCCGCCCACCCUGCACCCAGCGGGGAGCCGGGGGAGGAGCUUGACCUCAGCUUCCUACCUGAUGACCUCAGCACGCAGGACGAGGCGGGGCGUCACGAUGACACAGCAGAGAGUCAGACUGCAGCUCUGGACGUGUCUCAGGACAGCGGCGUCUGUCUGGACUACAACUCUCAGGGUUCAACAGCAGCUGACCCCCAGCAGGGGUCGUCCGUGUCGGGGCUGGGGACCGGAGCCUCCCCCUUCUGUCCCAUGACCCCUAUGACCCCCAUGACCCCCAUGACCCCCGUGACCGAGAGGUCAGGAAUCAUCCCACAGUUACAGAACAUCGUCUCCACGGUGAACCUUGGCUGUCCGCUGGAUCUGAAGUUUAUUGCCCUCCAGGCAAGAAACGCCGAGUACAACCCGAAGCGUUUUGCGGCGGUCAUCAUGAGGAUCCGCGAGCCGAGAACCACCGCGCUGAUCUUCAGCUCGGGGAAGAUGGUCUGCACAGGAGCCAAGAGCGAGGAGCAGUCGCGACUGGCGGCCAGGAAGUACGCUCGGGUGGUGCAGAAACUGGGUUUCCCCGCCCGCUUCCUGGACUUUAAGAUCCAGAACAUGGUGGCCAGCUGCGACGUGUGCUUCCCCAUCAGACUGGAAGGUCUGGUCCUGACACACCAACAGUUCAGCAGUUAUGAGCCGGAGCUGUUUCCUGGCCUCAUCUACCGCAUGGUGAAGCCUCGCAUCGUCCUGCUCAUCUUCGUGUCGGGGAAAGUGGUUCUGACCGGAGCUAAAGAACGAGCUGAGAUCUACGACGCGUUUGAGAACAUUUAUCCGAUCCUGAGAGGCUUCAGGAAACAGUGAGGCCCCGCCCCCUCUGACGCCACUUCCUGUUCAUUUGUAAAUGCACGUUUACUCUCUGGAUAUCAGUUUGUUUGUGUUGUGGAUGGUGAAGGAGUCGCUUUCUGUUUGAGUCUCUGUUGAAUGUUUCGCCAUCCUGAAAGAAAAUAAAUGACAGUUUUCCAAAAAGA